AAAGAAAAGACCCAAACUUUGAGAAACGACACCUUUCUUCUUCAUUCAUUCAUCAAAGCUUCCUUUUUAUCCAUUGCGCGUGAAGAGAGAGAGAGAGAUAAAGCGAAGGAGACAAUCUACAUUCCUUUUGUUGUUCCCCAGAUCACGAGAAGGUGACUAUUGGGUUCCUCUGUUUUCCCCUGUUUCAACCCUAAUUCCCCAGAAAAUUCGAUCUUUCCUUGCUUCUUUCCCUGAGAUAAUUCUGGGUUUGCGGCUCUGACUCCGUUGGAUUAAAGGGUUUUCUUCGAAGACGCAUUUUGGUUUCGAUAGAGGAUAAAAGUUUCCUCUUUUAAGUCGGCUUUGGAGUUGAUGGAGGCUCGUGUGGGAAACAAGUUUCGUCUCGGACGCAAAAUCGGGAGCGGUUCUUUUGGAGAGAUCCAUCUCGGUACUCAUCUUCAAACCAAUGAAGAAGUUGCCAUCAAGCUUGAAAAUGCCAAGACAAAACAUCCGCAGCUGCUCUAUGAAUCCAAGUUAUACAGACUUCUACAGGGAGGAACUGGUGUUCCAAAUGUCAAGUGGUUUGGUGUUGAAGGCGACUACAAUGUUCUGGUCAUGGAUUUGCUUGGACCUAGUCUUGAAGACUUGUUCAAUUUCUGUAGCAGGAAACUUUCUCUCAAGUCCGUCCUCAUGCUUGCUGAUCAAAUGAUAAACCGUGUUGAGUAUUUCCAUUCGAAAUCUUUCCUUCACCGAGAUCUCAAGCCUGACAACUUCCUCAUGGGGUUAGGAAGACGCGCCAACCAGGUAUACAUCAUCGACUUUGGUCUUGCUAAGAAGUACAGGGAUAACACUACUCAUCAGCACAUUCCUUACAGGUGGGAUGAUUGGAUUGUAAUCAGUCUUCCUACGCACAACUCUAAACUCGGUUCUCAUUUUCUAUCUUGUAGAGAAAACAAGAAUCUCACUGGAACUGCAAGAUAUGCUAGUAUGAACACUCACUUAGGAAUUGAACAAAGCAGAAGGGAUGAUCUGGAAUCUCUUGGUUACAUUCUCAUGUAUUUCCUUAAAGGAAGUCUUCCAUGGCAAGGACUUAAAGCUGGAACCAAGAAACAAAAAUAUGAGAGAAUCAGCGAAAAGAAAGUCUCUACAUCCAUUGAGUCCUUAUGCCGUGGCUACCCAUCUGAAUUCGCAUCUUACUUCCAUUACUGCCGCUCCCUCCGGUUUGAUGAUAAACCGGAUUACGGUUAUCUCAAAAGAAUAUUCAGAGAUCUCUUCAUCCGCGAAGGGUUUCAGUUCGAUUAUGUGUUUGACUGGACCAUACUGAAGUACCAACAGUCACAGCUAACAGCUCCUCCAACACGUGGCCCUGCGGCUGGAACCAGUUCGGGUUUGCCUCCAGGAUUGACCAGCAUUGACAGAUACGGAGGAGAGGAAGAUGGAGGGAGACCACCGAUGGAUUCAUCAAGAAGGAGAACAUCAGGAGCUCUCGAGAACUCAUCAGCUGCUGUUAGAGCUCCAAUGAUGCCAAGCUCGUCGCUGUUCGGACAAUCAGCAGGAUCAUCGAGGAGAGUAACGUCUGAGGAGCUGCAGAGAAGCCGUACGGGCAGUGGAUUGAGAAACUCUGCGAUGGUUUCAACGUCUGAGAGGAAGAGAUCUUCUUCCACUAGGAAACAGUAUGAUUCUGCUAUUAAAGGCAUUGAGACUCUCCAUGUCUCUGACGAAAGGUAUCACCACCAUUGAUCUAUCGGUUAGAAAGAGAAAAAAAACAUGUCAUAUUUGUAUUAAUCAUAUAAAGCUUCGACUCUCUAUAUUAGAGAAACCAGUAAAUUUGCUGAUUUUUUUUUUUGUGUUGUUUUUUAAUCUUCUCAUUUUUACGUGCAAGUCUUCUUUGUUUUUUUUGUUUUUUUUGUUUUACUACGAAGUUACAUUAAAUUCAGUGUUUGGAAAUGGAAUCAUUGUGUAUAUGUAUGUUGUAAUUGUGGAUCUUUUAGCAAUAGUAAAAAUGUUUUCUCUU